AUGGACUGGGAUAUCGCUAAAUGGGCGAAGCUACAUGGUUCUAGCUCAACAGCAUUUACUGACUUGCUUAAAAUUGACGGAUUCAAGCGUGAACAAAUCAUUGUUGCGGGGGAAGCAUUCAAUGUCUUCUACAGAGACAUUAUUGAAUGUAUCAAAGUGUUGUACAGUGACCCUGACUUCACUGAUUUUCUGGUAUUUGCACCCGAGCGUCACUACGCUGAUGAAGAUCAAACCAUACGGUUGUUUCAUGACAUGCAUACCGGCCAGUGGUGGUGGGACACGCAACCAUCCCGUCGCGCCCAUAUCCUCUUGGCAUACUUGCCCACUACCCACCUUGAGCACAUUGCAAAUAAAGCUUCGAGAUGCUGUACUAUUUCAAACCUUUAUCAUGCCUGUAUGAGUUGCAUACUGGCUCCGCUUAAGACUGCUGGUACUGAUGGGCUGGUAAUGAGUAGUGGUGAUGGCGUGGAACAUCAUUGUCAUCCUCUGUUUGCGUGUUUUGUGGGUGACUAUCCCGAGCAAUUGCUCACUACUGGAGUGAAGGCAAUGGAAUGCCCGAAAUGUAACAUUCCUACAGAGGAACUCGGGAGUAACACGGCACCAUUUGAAAUACGUGACCUUCACACUGUUUUGGAUGCUCUUUCCAGGAUUGACGAUGGUGACCUGGUGUUUGUACAGGCAUGUUGCGAAGCUGGAAUCAAACCCAUCAUACACCCAUACUGGGAGGGCCUCCCUCAUGCAAACAUUUUUCAGGCAGUCACACCUGACGUACUACACCAAUUGUAUCAAGGUCUUAUCAAACAUCUGCUUGGAUGGCUCGCACAAGCAUGUGCGGCUGUGCACGGUCUUCUUGACUUCCUUUACCUCGCGCAGUACCCAUGUCAUACAUGCCACUACUCAACUAUGAUUCGAACUUUUGGGACGACAAAUAAUUAUAAUACAGAGUACACGGAGCGGCUACAUAUCAUCGAUCUUGCCAAGGAUGCCUACCGUGCGACCAAUCAUAAGGACAAAUUUAUACAGAUGACGAAGUGGCUAGAGCGGAAGGAGAAGAUCGCUCAUCAUCAGCAGUUCAUAAAAUGGCGUCUUGACGGGGAUUGUGCUCCUCAUCAUCUGCAUCCACCUGACUUACACUUUGAUCGCACCCAGCAAUUGACAAAGCAUCCAAACGCUAAAGCCGUCCCCAUUCAACAAUUGAUCACUGACUAUGGCCCUGCUCGUUACAUUGCACAACAACAGAAUCCAAAUGAGAUAAAGUGGUUGUUGACCGAUGCUCGGGGACACGGCGAUCCACUUGUCACAGUGGAUAGUAUACAUGCUAGACCCCAUCGCAAUGCCCAACACGAAAAUGAUGUGGUACCAGCACACUUUGAUACUGCACUUAUCAAUGAUGGUACUGGUAGUUUUGUUGGGGUUAAAGGCUUCCGUGUAGGUCAAAUUCGUCUCGUUUUCUCAAUUCCAGCAUCAGCAACACAGUUUUUGUUCCCUUCAACAAACCAACCCCCAAAGCAUCUCAUGUAUGUGGAGUGGUUUACCCCCUUUCCUGCAACACCGGAUCCAAGACAUGGCAUGUACAAAAUUAGUCGGUUAAUCAAGUCUGGUGAGAGAGUCGCGAGUAUCAUUCUGGUGUCAAAUAUUACCCGCAGCAUCCAUCUCAUGCCAAGGUUUGGAGCCAUUGCACCGCGACACUGGACAAUCAACAAUGUUCUUGAAGAAUGUGACACCUUCUUCGUUAAUUGUUAUAUUGAUAGGCAUAGUUUUGUGAUGCUUAGAUGA